CACGCACCUACGCACGCACGCAGAGGCCGGAGACCGUCGGCUGCGGGCAGAGCCUGCCGACCGGCCCGCGCGCUUUCUGGAGGCAGCAGCAUCAGGGAGCACCUUGCUCAAGGUGAAGUGCAUCCUGUCUGUGGUGAAGCCACCUGUGUGGGAAUUCUGUACCAGUGCUAAGCGGCUCUGUGAUCCAUUUUGUCAUUCGUUCUAGACCCUCUAACAUGCCGGCCUCCAGCUCUAGGUCUGUGCACCUGAGUGAAUGGCAGAAGAACUACUUUGCAGUUACCUCUGGUGCGUGUGCAGCAGGACAGAAGGCUGAUGCCUACCGAGCACAGAUCCUGCGCGUUCAGUUUGCCUGGGCGAACUCGGAGACCUCCCAGGUCUGUGCUGCCAAACUGUUCAGAAAAUAUGCGGAGAAAUAUUCUGCAAUUAUUGACUCUGACAAUGUUGAAACUGGCUUGAAUAACUAUGCGGAAAACAUUUUAACUUCAGCGAGAUCUCAGCAAGCUGACAGUGACAAGUGGCAGUCUGGAUUGUCAGUGAGUAAUGUUUUCAAAAUGAGUAGCGUCCAGGAGAUGAUGCAAGCUUGCAGGACGUUCAGAGACUCCGUGCUGGCACCCGCCAGUGCGCUUGCCGUGGUCCACACAGGGGCCGUUGCCUUCGAGCCUCAUCGGUUUAGUGUUUGUGGUGGUUCUGGGGAGAGUGAGCCCUUAACUAACUCAGCUCAUGGUGCAGGCAGGACUCAGGACGUCCCAGAGAGCAGUCCUCUGAAGGGCCCUCAGAGUGCCCAGCCACCCCCGGUGACUAACACCCCGAAGACCUGUCCCACACUCUCAGUGCCUCUUGGGGAACUGGCCACUGCAAAAUGCCAUGGCACACCAUUGUUUGGGAGUGCCGGAAAGGAGAACAGCAGGUCUCCAAAAGCCAACAGAGGACGAAGUGUGUACACGUCUGAUCAGUCUUGUUUUCCUUCUGGCUGUGAAAAUCCAUGGGAAAGGAAAGCUUUCUAUGCUGCUGGUGCCAUUGAUGCACCGUCCACCCCAGUGCUGAAUAAGGCUUUUAGUAAAACAGGAGAUAAUGGCCAAAGAGAGGAGAGCGGCCUGCCAACCUUUAAAACUGCUAAAGAACAAUUAUGGGUAGAUCAGCAAAAAAAGCACCAACACCCCCCGCGCUCAUCAGGGUGUUCCUAUGGCGGUGUAAAAAAGUCUCUGGGAGCCAGUAGGUCCCGAGGGAUAUUUGGCAAGUUCAUCCCUCCUGUGUCUAAGCAAGACGGGGGGGACCUGGGCGGGGGCGUGCAGUGUAAGCCCGACGCUGCUGGGCCUCCAAGACCAGCACAUCCAGUGGAUGAGAGGCUCAGGAACCUGGAGCCAAGGAUGAUCGAGCUGAUUAUGGAUGAGAUUAUGGAUCAUGGGCCCCCAGUCACCUGGGAGGAUAUUGCAGGGGUCGAGUUCGCCAAGGCCACAAUCAAGGAGGUAGUCGUGUGGCCCAUGCUGAGGCCAGACAUCUUCACUGGCUUGCGAGGACCCCCGAAAGGAAUUCUGCUCUUUGGCCCUCCUGGGACUGGCAAAACUCUGAUUGGCAAGUGCAUCGCCAGUCAGUCUGGGGCGACGUUCUUCAGCAUCUCUGCCUCCUCCUUGACCUCCAAGUGGGUGGGCGAGGGGGAGAAGAUGGUCCGGGCGCUGUUUGCUGUCGCAAGGUGUCAGCAACCAGCUGUGAUAUUUAUUGAUGAAAUCGAUUCCCUGUUAUCACAGCGGGGAGAUGGUGAGCAUGAGUCUUCUAGGAGGAUAAAAACCGAGUUUCUCGUUCAGUUAGAUGGGGCGACCACAUCUUCUGAAGACCGUAUUCUAGUGGUGGGAGCAACCAAUCGGCCUCAGGAGAUUGAUGAGGCGGCCCGGAGAAGGUUGGUGAAGAGGCUUUACAUUCCCCUCCCAGAAGCUUCAGCCAGGAAACAGAUAGUAAUGAGCCUGAUGUCCAAGGAGCAGUGUUGCCUCAGCGAGGAGGAAGUUGAGCUGGUCGUGCAGCAAUCUGAUGGGUUCUCAGGUGCAGACAUGACACAGCUUUGCAGAGAGGCGUCCCUCGGUCCCAUCCGCAGCUUACAGACGGCUGACAUUGCCACGAUCACACCAGACCAAGUUCCACCAAUAGCUUACGUUGAUUUUGAAAAUGCUUUCAGAACUGUGCGACCGAGCGUGUCUCCAAAAGACUUAGAGCUCUAUGAAAACUGGAACAAAACUUUUGGUAGUGGAAAGUAAAUGGGACACGUGGACUUAUAAGAUGGCUUCCUUGUAGUAUAGUCUUUCCCAUUCUUUAGCAUAGGAAACUGGGAAUUUAUUAACUGUACUUUUGGUGUAUAUUUCAAAUUUGAUACCUCAAAUAGAAUGGCAAUAGCUCAGAUUUUACAAUUGAUUGACUUUGCGUAUGCUAAGAAAAGCUUGGUUUUUCUUCCAGUUAUGACCUGAUGUGUAUAUGCCUGUUCAUACAAAACAUGAGAGAACUUUUUUUGUUUUGUUUCUAAUAGGUCUUUGUUUUCAAGAUGUAUAAUGUGAUGAAUAGUGAGCUCGAAUUGAAACUUUUGAAAAUCGUAUUUGUAUAUGAGGAUGUAUGUUUUAUAUACAUGUUUUAUUGGGAAAAGUUUCUUCUGAAGACCACAUAAUGCUUAGUGUCAGCUCGUGUUGUGGUUUACAUUUGAAACAGAGCAUUGCUUAAUAAAUUUAAGAUCUCACCUAAAGCUGGAGUGAAAGUACCAGUUUUCACUUUGUCUGGUUUGUAAGCUCUUACUGUUUUCUUCCCUUACUGGGACUAAGUAAUCAAGCGUGUUCAGAGACGGCAAAGGGUAGUCUAAUACCAGACGUAGAACUGACAGGUGAAGGAUGUUUUCCAGGGGACAGGUGAUGUCUAAUAACAUUUUCUUUGACGCUGCUUCACAGCCUGGAGUACUGAUUGGUCUCUUUCAAAAAUAAAUGUUUGCAGAUUUGUAUAAUGGAGCAUUCUGUUUUAUAAAUAAUACAUUUGUUGUGGAAACGUUAGAAAGUAGAGAUGAGCAAAAAGAAGAAAAUAGAAGUCCCUGUUAAUCCUGCCACUUUGGGCACACUUUACCUUUUGAGAAUCGGUUCUUCCAGGUGCUUUAUACAGGAGCAGGAUGGUGCUACGCGGGGCCUUUUGGAGCCUGAUCUUUUUCUUUAGUAUAUCAUCACCUUUUCUCAUGUUCACAUAUGUCUGCGUGUCUUCCCUAUGUGACUGCCUGGGCUUCCGUUGUUCGAAUGGACUGUAAUUUCUCUCUCUCUCUCUCUCUCUCUC